CUCUCUUUUGUCCAGCCUUCAGUCAAAUCCUAAUCACAACAUAGGUCUUUUAACCGGUAAUACCCCCUCAAAACUGCUGUAUACACACCUCAUGGCUCAGCUGUCAAUGUAUCCUGUACAUAGCCUCGCCACGACGCCAUCUGUUUACUUUUGCGCUUUAUUUCAAUUUGCCCUCCUUUUCACUUCACAUCUGUGCUCUAGCCCCUCAUCAUACGUCAUUCGAAGGUUCCGAAUGAAUGAACCAUCCACUGCCCCGUGAUCUUGCGCCUGGAGAGGACCACAUCCAGCUCAGAACCCCCACCAGGACAUACUACGCAGUGUUCCUUUUUGACGAGAACCCAGUGGCAAAGCUCAACGUGUAUGCGCCACUCUUCAUCCGCGACAUUGUCCACUCCGCGGAUAUAAUCGGUAUCUACGGUUUUUUGGGUCUCCAUUCGCAGGCUCGGGCCAACUACGUCAUGGUCAACAACCACCCGCUUCUGAGGGUCAGAGUCUCGGGGCGGAUCGUGGGCGAGACCAUCCGCGAGACUGAGAAGCAGGAGUGCUUUAUUUACGUUUUGUUGGACGAUUCGUCGUGUCUGCUGUAUCUUACAUGCAAGAUCACCAAGCGCUUGUGGCUCCCAGCGGGCCUCCCGUUUGACAAUUGGAAAACGUCACGGGGCACCAUGAUCGAGCUCGAGGGCAGUGUUGCCACGUUUAAUCGGAGAAUAGAGUUUCAGCCUGUUUCUGUGAAGGUUAUUGGGGGUAGAACGGACUUGGACGUGGAAAUGCGCUUGAUCAGAGAGAAACACGCCUUCAGACAGCGGUAUCUUGUAAAACCAUGGGUUUAUGAGCCGCCACAAACCACCGCGGUGAGCAACCAUCCCGUUGUGCCGCUCAUGCAGAAAGACUGUGUCGGAAAACAAGCCAGACGGGACCUGAUUGAAUCUACAGAAACGGUUCAGGGUUCUCCUGAGGACAGCCUCUACGUCCACCACCGAAACAUCAAACGGAGAAACCCUGACAUUAUCAAAGCUUCUGAAUUACUGGCUAACUUAGAGGAUGAGGUUAUGGUUGCUUUGUUCCCCCGCACGUCUUUCGUUUUUGAGCAGAUACCCCUCGUGGCUCCGGUUACGGAAGUAAAACUCAAGCUCGCGGUCAUCAAAUGGAUUAUCAGAAAACACUCCUACAAGUUUCCCUUGAAACAGCUCUACCACGAUAGAUCUGUUGCCGCAAAGUUGCGAAACUUUACCAUCUGGCAGAUGCAAAACAACAGACUACACCCUCCUGAGACCACCGUCACCUUCGACCGGCUCCUGGCCAGAAUCUUCCAUGACAUUAGACACGAGUUCCAAGUGGGUGGUCUCCUCAAGUGCAGCAGCUCCUAUAACUGCUACGCCGGUCCUAUGAUAGAGUAUGUCGAUCAGUUGAAGAUGACCUUGCUUCUGAUUAGCAGCGGCGAGCUCUGCGAGCGUAAGCUUGACUGUGUUGAAUACACCAGGGCGUACCGAUCAUUGCGGGAGAAACAGGAGGUGGAUAUGGCGCCGGAGGUGGUGUAUGGGGUGAUUGGCUGGUUGUUAGGGGAUUUGGCGUUGGAGUAUGCCUACUUGCUCACGUGGGACUUCUGGCGACCAUAUGGUAGGCGGGCGUGGAUCUUUCAACCGGAAGAAACCCUUGAUGUGAGUCUAUAGAUUUCCCCUCUAUCGGAUAUGUAAUAAAAUGGCUGCAUAAGACUUUGUCGAAUAUAGUGAAACCGUA